AAUCAGCAGGCAAAGCGAUGAAGAAAUCCGGCAAGGCCCAGAAGAAUAUCACCAAGUCCGACAAGAAGCGCAAGCCCAAGAGAAAAGAAUCCUACGGAAUCUACAUCUACAAAGUAUUGAAGCAAGUGCACCCUGAUACCGGUGUUUCGUCGAAAGCCAUGAGUAUCAUGAACAGUUUCGUUAACGAUAUUUUUGAACGCAUCGCUUCCGAAUCCAGUCGUUUGGCACAUUACAACAAGCGUUCCACAAUCACUAGUCGGGAAAUCCAGACUGCCGUUCGUUUAUUAUUGCCCGGUGAAUUGGCCAAGCAUGCUGUUAGUGAAGGCACCAAAGCCGUGACCAAAUACACCAGUUCCAAAUAAAAUGAACUCCUAAAUUGACACAUAAAUUAUUAAAACGGCCCUUUUUAGGGCCACCAAUAUUAUAUUUGAUAAUUUAUAAUCUUUUAUCUCCUAAAUUUUUAAACUGCACUCUCCAGUAGUUCAAUCACAUAAAUAAAUAAUGUAUCAUAUAUUCUAACUAACC